UUCGAUAACUCGAUUUUUGUUUGUUUGGUGUGGAAUGUGCGGCGCGGCCACAAAACGUUUGAUCCGUGGACCUUCCCUAUUUCAACAACUCUGAGAAAAUGACCUCUUUGAGGAAUUUAGAAUACGAACAAUUAUGGUUGAACGCUCACACAGAUACCCGAGCGGCAGUUUAUACAUUUAGCUCCUGUAUAACACUUGCUGAUCUGAAUGCUGAUGGUGAUUUCAAACUGAUAGUAGCUGAUCUUGGUACAGGUUCAACUAAUGUUAAACUCAAGGUCUACAAAGGGACUUCACUCCACUCUGAAACUGCAUUGCUAGACGUUCCUACAGGGGUUGUAUCAUUUUACAUGGAUUUCAGUGAACCAAGAAUGCCAGCAAUUGCAGUUGCUUCAGGUUCAAAUAUCUACAUAUAUAAGAAUAUGCGACCAUACUUUAAAUUCUCCCUGCCAUCUAUGGAUGUAAAUCCUCUAGAAAAAGACUUGUGGAUGCAAGUACGUGAAGAACAAAUAGAAGUGGGUGUCCUCAUGGAGUUGUUGAACAACCUUCGGUUGGAAAUAGGAUUUGCCCAGCUUAGUACUCAAUCUCAACACCUAUUGGCUCAAGAUCCUACAACUGUGCCAUCAUUUGUUCAACAGUAUUGCAAAGUUCCUAUCAAGAGACAGACUGUAGUGACAUGUGUAACAACUUUAAAAAAAGCCUUGGCUGAUGAAAAAGCAGUGUCUUGUUUGGUUGUGGGCACAGAGUCAGGAGAAAUACUAGUUUUAGACCCAGAAGCUUUUACAAUCCUUGAGAAGAUUAAACUCUGCCACCAAGAGAGUUCAACACUUAUAGUACCAGCUGUGCUCUCUGCCUUUGGUUUACAUGCAGUAGAAUUUCGUAUUGUAGCAGCUUGUCGAGAUGGUAGCUUAAGACUUGCAAGAAGAGGGUGGACAGAAUCAAAGUUGCUGGUUCAACUGCCAGCUCAACCGGUUGCCAUGACAGUCAGCCCAGAAAAUGCAUCCAUUACAAUCGCUCUAAUGAAUCAAACCCUUCAAUGUUUUUCAAAAAAGGGUAAACUACAAUGGGUGGUAACUUUGCCAGCUGCAGCAUGUGCUCUAUGCCCCAUACCACUUCCUCAUCAGAGUACAACUCUUGUUGCCGUAUCCUUGAAUGGAGGCCUACUUCAACUUUACAAUGGUAGGCAGCUAGUUGAUGUCAUAAAAGCUCCACAAUCCGUGUCUGGGCUUGUUUUUGGGAAGUUUGGACAAGAGGAGAAUGCUCUGAUAAUGUUCACAGUCGAUGGGAGUUUAUUGGUUAAAAUCUUGAAGAGAACUGCUCACUUUAACCUGCAAGGAGGCAGCACAUCUGCUAAUGUUGUUCCUGGUGUGGCCCAACAAAUAAAACUUCAAAUUCCCAAAAAAACUAGGCUUUUUCUUGAUCAAACUAUGAGAGAAAGGGACAACUGCGUCAUGAUGCAUAGAACAUUUCAAAGAGAUCUGUUUCAGCUCAGAGUUGAUGUUGCUAGAGCCUGUGUGCAGGCAUUACAAUCAUGUAACAAUCCCAUAUCAUUGGAAGGUGCAGAACCAGUUAAACUUUCAGCUCAGGUCUUAGGACUAGGUCCUUUGUUUAAAAUGGUGAUCACACUUCAGAAUAUAUCAGCCUCCACUUUAAUUCAGGACAUUGGUAUUCUAUUUCACUUUGAUGACAAAAUGUACUCAAUGGAAAAACCAUUCAUCAAGGUCCCUAUUUUAUUACCGGGGGUGGAAUACCCUUAUGAAACAAUGAUUCGGAAUAUAUCAGAGCUGGCUCUGUCUGAUCAAAUCCGGGUAAUGGUUGUACGAGAGGGACAGACUCAACCAGUUUUGGCAGCCAUCAUAAAUAUGCCAGUUUGUGAUUUAUUAGGAAUGGUUUAAAGAAAUUGGAAGAACCUUCCAUCUUAUUGAAUGUAAUGUACAAAUCAACUGUAAGAAACCAAAAUCGUUUUUUUUGUUGUUUUUUUGUAAGGGAAACAUGCAGUGUUUAUGUGAUCAACCUCAUCAUGCGUACUAUCACUGAAGAAAGAAUUGAACCCUUUCUGAUUGGAAUAUUGAUAUCAGAGGCGUUAGAUUCUUUCCGCACAGAUAGUACUUCACAAAAUACAAGGUCAUACUGGACAAGUCAAGAGUCAGAUUUUGAGAAAAGAGAAAUACACAACUUAUGAUCAUAAAAAGAA